AGUGCUGAGGGAGUGCAUGAUCACAAAUAGUUAAGGGAACUUCCUGGUUGUUCUUCAUACAGAGUAGUCUACAGCCCAGUGAUGAGCCCUUCUCUGUUUUUGCUUCUAAGCUUCGGAGGAGUCCUGAGCCUCAAAAUAUGCUCCUUCAACAUACAGUCCUUUGGAGAAAGCAAAGUCUCCAAACCAGUAGUACUGAACAUAAUACUUGAGCAUAUUCAAGCUUCAUGGUUAUUGUAUGCCAUGUAUCAAGCAAAAGCUACAGAAAAAAGUAUUACCCGCUGUGACCUCAUGCUUGUCAUGGAAAUCAAAGAUGCAAAAGGAACAGCAUUCCCUCAGCUAAUGACGCAUCUCAACAACCGGUACAGAGGACGGAGACCUGAGUAUGGCCAUGUCAUCAGUCAAAGACUUGGUCGAAAGUCCUACAAGGAACAGUAUGCCUUUAUUUACAGGCAGAAGUUGGUGUCUUUAAAGUCUGUUUAUCAGUACCCUGACAUCCAAUCUGAGGAUACUGAUGCAUUUGCCCGUGAACCCUUUGUUGUGUGGUUUUCAUCACCAACAACAGAAAUCAAAGAUUUUGUCAUCAUACCUAUCCAUACAACUCCAGAUGCAGCAGUUAAAGAAAUAGAUGAGCUGUAUGAUGUGUACCAAGAUGUUGCACAAAAAUGGCAAUCAAAGAAUUUCAUCAUCAUGGGGGAUUUCAAUGCUGCCUGCGGCUAUGUCCCCAAGAAAGACUGGCCAAACAUUCGCCUUCGCUCCACUGCAAGCUUCUUUUGGAUAACAGGUGAUGACCUGGAUACUUCAGUGAAGGAGUCAACAAAAUGCGCUUAUGAUAGGGUUGUCCUCCAUGGGGAGAAAAUCAUCCAGGCUAUCAGGCCAGAGUCAGUGGAAGUAUACAACUUCAAACAGGCAUUUGGACUUACUGAACAGCAGGCCUUGACUGUGAGUGACCAUUUUCCUCUGUGCAUCACUGUGAAUGCAGUUCAGAGAAGUGGCUGAUUAUUAACUUGAGACUUUUUGGUGCUUGUAUGUUUAACUCUGAUGCAAGUUAAAGUUUGAAAAACACCAGCUAUUCCUACAUUAUUUAGUAACUGUGAUUAGAAUUAGAAUCAGAGUAUUCAGCCCACUGAGUAAUUAAGGGUUUACUCUGAAGCUGAUCAGUGCGUUUUCCAAGAAAAGCAAUGGCUUUUAUUACAAGGGUGAUGACAAGUUAACCGUGCUUGUUAAUUAUAAACCAGCACAUUCAAGGUUGGUAUUACUGGUUGCUAAGACAUAGUAUGUGUUAACUUUGUAAACUAUUUCUUUUACUUCUUGAAUACAAAUCAAUACAAUUAAAGAAAAUUUGAAAGAC